AUGAAAGCUGCCAAGGAUCGAGAAGCUGACGACGGACUCGUCUAUCCCGACAAGGGCGAGGCAGCCUUGCUCCUGAUCAAGAGAGCUCCCAACAUCGUUACUGCCCAAUUACGGGGCGCAUGGAACGUCGUUAGCGCUCAUGUGGCCUCCGGCGCGACGGAGAGCGAGCUUCACGAUGCCCUCGAUCAAUUCGCUCUGGUGGUGAAAGACGUGUAUUACGCGCUGGGCGUGUGCCAGCAAGAUGAGGCGCACGAUAAACUGAGCCUCCAAGUCUGGUCUCGCAUGUACGAUGCGGGGCUUCCUGACCUCAUGCAGGAUAUCAUCAUGCAGAGUACUUUCUGGACGCUGCCUCGGCCAAUUAUCGUCAAUUAUCUGUUCGCUAUCCACGUUGCGGUCUCGUUUUCCAGCCACUUGGAGUACGCGCCUCUUCGCCCUCGUGUGCUCGCGCGCUCAGAUACUUUAUGGGCCGCUAUGUGGGACAACCGACAUCUUAUCGCGGCGUGGUUGGAGGUCAGGCCGGCACACCUCGGGAGUAAUUCGAAGGAGAUACCUCCCGUUCAGAUGCUCUUGCUUUAUCACGCUCUAUACCAAGCAGAAAAGAUACCUGUCACCAUCACCUCCCGCAUGCCUCACUUCGCACUGUACGCUUGGGCGACCGCGGAGUGUCAGAGCGAGAGGUUCAGCGCAGUUUACGCCUGCGACAACGGGCCCAACCAUCCUGCUACAGAAGCGGAAAGGUUUCUUCGCGAAGUCGUUGUAGGCGGAGUCGGCAUAGAGGCGUGUAUGGCGCGGUUGGAGGAGGUGUUACGCGGAGAAGAGCCCUGGCAAUGGUCUAGAUUGGAAGACGUCAAAGAGUGUGUCCGGAUUUUCAGCGUCCUCAUGCGGCCGAGCACACCGGAAUCUCUAGCCCUCCUUGGUUCUGCAGGACAACAUUGCAUACCGCAUCUCUUGACGGGCAUCGCCAGGAAGUAUGCUCUUCAAGACGGACUACGGGAGUGCCCGAUCUUCUACCAUUCAACGUUCCUCAUGAUGGACCGGUUUACCCUGUACGAUCUUGCCACAAAGCGAUUCGCCGCCGAGAGUCGGCCGCUGCUCAUCUCAGGCGAGGACAUAAUAGCCAUGAUGGCCUGCGCCAUCGACCUCAUGGCAGCCCACGGAAGCGACCCCGAUUUGGACAAAGAUGCAGAAACGACAAUCCCUCUGAUUGAGAGCUUCAUUACCGUGAAAGUGGAACAAGAACACAAGUGGGCCGAGUCGGUCCAAAACGCCCCUCUUGGUUCCCUCUCGAAACAAGACACCGAGAUUAUUGCUGGCUACCGGCGGGGCAUGGAGAAGCAUUGGUGGCCGAGCCUGCGCGCUAUCAGUUUGGCCAAGCGUCGUUGCAAAACCGUUCCCGAGGAUUUGGUCCGACUAGGCACAUUGUGGACCGGGUUCGGCGCACUGUUGGGACGGGAUGCUCGACGCGAACUGGAACGUGACAAUAAGAACAGAGCGAGUCGCUGUACGCGAUUAGAGUGCGAGUUCAACCGGAAGCCAGGGGAUACGGAGAAGCCCUUCAUGAGCUGUAAAGGUUGCCGCGUGGCCUACUGCUCUCGCGAGUGCCAAGUCAAGGAUUGGAGGAAGGGCCACAAGAACUCGUGUAAGCGGCUGAAAGAUGGAGAAGUGAACUGA